CUAUAACGUGACAAACAGUGACGAACAUAGAUCAGAAAUGUUAAUAUUUAAAUGCAUUAUAAAUGUUUACCAACAUCCAAAGCUCGAAAAGACGUGCAAUGUCAAAUUUAUAGCGACGAAUUUUUAAAGUUAAUCCCAGUUUCACGUUCGGUUAAUGUACAUUGCAUGUAAUUUUUAUUGCACGAGACGGAGGUUUGAAUUUUGAUUAAAUUUCAAACAGUAACAAGGGGUAUGCAGUUUUAUGAUAAAUACGAAUCAAGGGAAAUCCCAUACCUUAUUAAUAAUGCAGAAAGAAGUAAACGAAAUAGUAACGAAAUCGUUGCAAAAGGCUUAUGAUCAUGACAGAACUGGGAAUGUUGGAAAGGCAUACGCGUAUUAUACGGUUGUAGCAGAAUUAUGUCCAGCAAAGAGAUCGGAAAUCGAGGAAGCUUUUGUUGAUGUACUUUGUCAAUGGGGAAUGCAGCUUGCAUGCGAAGACAGAUUUGCAGACGUUGUUUUAUGUUAUACACGCUCGUUAGAUAUUUAUCCAAACAAUCCCCGUAUGUUAAAUAAUUUUGCAGCACAUCUUUUAAGGAAUAAUGAUCCGUUAAAGGCAAUAAAAUAUUUAAAACGUGCCCUGCGAGCGAAUUCCAAUUUUCUACCAGCAGAAAGAAACUUGCAAAAUGCAUUUAGUAUGGCUGUAGAUAGGUGGCACUUUCCAAUGUUAAAUGACAAACGACGGAAUAAUGCCUUUGAAAAUGCUAUACAUAAGAGAAUAUCUCAAGGAUAUGACACUGUAUUAGAUAUAGGAACUGGUACAGGAUUAUUAAGUUUAUAUGCACAAAAUGCAGGUGCUAAGAAAAUUUAUGCGUGUGAAUGUUCAACAGUAAUGAUAAAAAUUGCAGAGAAAGUAUUUGAAACUAAUGAUGCUAAAGGCAUAAUAUUAUUACCAAAAUUUUCUAUAGAUCUUACAAUACCUACCGACAUUACAGAAAGAGUGAAACUUGUAGUAACAGAAACCUUUGAUGGUGGACUAUUUGGAGAACACGUGGUACCAUCAAUGAUAAGUGUUCAUACAAAUAUUUUGGAUAGAAAUGGUACAGUAAUACCUAUGAGUGCUACACUUUAUGUAGCUGCAGUAGAGUGUGAAUAUAUAAGAUACAGAUCAACUGUAGUGUUCGAGGAAGUAACAAAAUUUUGCCCUUUAAAUUUUGAUAACGUGUCUGUAUUGUCGGAUGAUGAAUAUUAUGACACAGAAAAUUUAAGAAACGUAAAAAUUACUUAUAUAACAGAGCCUCAAAUUCUUUUAACUGUUAAUUUCAACGAUUUAUCGGAUUUGCAAAAAUUUAAUGUGGAUGGGGUGAAGAGUAUGAUAAACGUAAAAUGUAGACACAAUGGUACUGUGGAUGGCUUAGUGACUUGGUUUAAAUUGAACCUUGAUGAUGAAAUAACAAUAGAUACAUCAGAGAAAAAAUCCUGUUGGCAAACUGCUAUUUUUCCAGCUAUACCAAAUUUAUUCAAACAAGGGGACAUGUUAAUAAUCAAGGGGGAAAUAUUGAAAAGAAAAUUAAAAUGUUCUUAUACGACAAACAAUGCUGAAUUUAAUAAUUACAACGAUCAAAAGUUUUUAUAUCGUUUACCGAAAGAAGUUAUAACAUUUUUAAAUGACUUUGAAUAUGUAAAGUUACUUACCGAAGUUACGAAAUCGCUAAUCAACAAAGAAAUAAAUAGCAUUUUGGAUACAUCACCUUUUCCAAUUUAUGGAUUGCUGUUAUUAAAGGAGAAUAAAUAUAGUAAAAUUUUAUAUUAUAAAACUGAAAAUACAGUGCUGAAACUUUUUAUACAACAAAUAGCAGAACAAAAUGAUUUUAAAAAUAAACUGUGUAUUAUAUCGAAGUAUAGCCAUAUAAAAGUUUCUUUAGAUACUAUAUUCGUUCAUGAUUUUGAUAUUAAAGGGGAACUAAAAGAUUGUGGUCAGGAACACAAUUACGAAUUUUUUAGAUGUUUAUUGAAACCAAAUGGUAUCUUGUUACCUGAACAAGUAUUCCUAAUAGGUCAGCUUGUGUACUCUGAAGAUUUACCAAACAUGGUUUAUGUUAAAGAUGAAAAUUUACAAGGAAUGCCCACACUUUUAUUUAAUACAUCAAGUCCUGAAACGAAAACUAAUUAUCAAAAUAUACAAAAUACUUUUAGCAACCAAAAUUCGUACGGAAUUGCACAACAUAUUAACGAAUUUAAGAUAAAUCAGAUUUUCGAUUUAAAUUCAAGUUUAUACCUAUACGAACCUUUAUCUAACGAAGUUGUAGUAAUAGAAAUGAAAGAAAGUGAAGUUGCCGAACGUAUAGUAAACUUUGGGAAACUAAACGCUACUAAAAAUAAACUAUUGCCAAAUACAUUGAUUUGUUGGUACAAAAUCAGAUUAACAUUGAAUCACAAUUAUGACACCCGAAGAAACGGAUCGUUUAUGAAUCAUACGGCGAUAUUACUGGAAGAUGAAUUAAAAAAUAUUAUUCUACAAGGUAAUGAGGUCUGUAUAAAAGUUCAACAAGCUGAAGGUGUAGUACGUAUACAAGUCAAAUGAUGCCAACAAUAUCUCUCUCUCGAUUCAUAUAAUUAUUUAU